GCUUUCCAACCCCUUCUCUUUCUCUCCUUCCACUUUUGUCUCAGUCUCUCUCUCUCUCUCUCUCUCUCUCUCUCUCUCUCUCUUUGUCGUCAGUAUCACCGCCGGCAAGAAACUCGAGUUCGAAUUGUUUGGACGGCGACCACCAGUUAGUAGAGAAGAAACAGAGCUAAGCAAUACAAGUCGAAAGAGAAGGUUGAUGAUGGUGAAAUGGACUCGUUCUUGGUUAUCUAAUCGACGCUACUCACUCCUCAACUCUUUCUCGGAAUAGGAACUGUGUAUUUGGUUAGGUUCUUGUUAUAUGGGGAAGGUGGCGGUUGCGUUCGCCUCGGCUGCGGUUGUGGCGGCUUGUUCAGUGGCGGCGGUGAUGGUGAGGAGGAGAGUGAAGAGCAGGAGGAAAUGGAGGACUGUGGUUGAGAUUUUGAAGGAGUUUGAGGAAGGCUGUGAUGCUCCCGUGGGGAGGUUGAGGCAGGUGGUGGACGCUAUGGCGGUGGAGAUGCACGCUGGCCUGGCUUCUGAAGGUGGCUCCAAGCUUAAAAUGCUUCUCACUUAUGUUCAUGAUUUGCCUAAUGGGACGGAGAAAGGAACUUAUUACGCACUACACCUUGGAGGCACUUACUUCAGGAUCUUAAGGGUUCAUCUGGGUGGUGAGAGGUCAUACCUAGAUGUUCAAGAUGUUGAACGACACCCUAUACCUUCCCAUUUGAUGAACAGCACCAGCGAGGUUCUUUUCGACUUUCUCGCCUCUUCAUUGGAAAGGUUUAUCCAAAAAGAAGGGAACGAAUCUAAUUCGCAAGGUGUUAUAAAGGAACUCGCAUUUACGUUUUCGUUCCCUGUCAAGCACACUUGUAUAUCUUCCGGAGUUCUAAUCAAAUGGACCAAAGGUUUUGAGAUUAGUGAAAUGGUUGGGAAAGACAUAGCUGAAUGUCUACAAGGAGCUCUAAACAGAAGAGGCCUUGAUAUCCACGUUGCAGCUCUUGUAAAUGAUACUGUUGGAGCACUGUCACUUGGAUACUAUCAUGAUCCAGACACGGUUGUUGCGGUUGUAUUCGGAACAGGUAGUAACGCGUGUUACUUGGAGCGAACCGACGCCAUAAUCAAGUGUCAGGGUCUGCUUACAACUUCUGGAAGCAUGGUGGUCAAUAUGGAGUGGGGAAAUUUUUGGUCCUCACAUCUGCCUAGAACUGCAUAUGACAUUGACUUGGAUGCAGAGAGUUCUAAUCCAAACGAUAUGGGAUUUGAGAAGAUGAUAGCAGGACUGUAUCUAGGUGACAUUGUUCGUAGAGUGAUUCUUCGCAUGUCACAAGAAUCUGAUAUCUUUGGACCUUCCUCGUCUGUGUUUUCUCAGCCUUAUGUUCUGAGAACAAACUCAGUCUCAGCUAUGCAUGAAGACGACACACCUGAGUUACAAGAAGUAGCAAGAAUCUUGAGAGACUUAGGGGUAUCAGAUGUACCAUUGAAGGUGAGAAAGCUGAUGGUGAAAAUAUGCGACGUGGUGACACGAAGAGCAGCGAGGCUAGCAGCAGCGGGAAUAGCGGGGAUCUUGAAGAAGAUAGGUCGAGAUGGUGGAGGAGGAAUCACGAGCGGGAGGAGCAGAGGCGAAAUGCAGAUGCAGAGAAGAACAGUUGUUGGAGUAGAAGGAGGUUUGUACAUGAACUACACCAUGUUUAGAGAAUACAUGGAGGAAGCUUUGGUUGAGAUUCUAGGAGAAGAAGUGAGUCAAUACGUCGUCGUUAAAGCCAUGGAAGAUGGUUCUAGCAUUGGCUCUGCUCUUCUCGUUGCCUCCUCUUUACAGUCAUGAUUUAAUCAUCAUCAUAAUGUUUAUAUAAUUGGUCUAUGUCAGUGUGUGUACAUAUAUUUAUUCAAUAUUUGUUUAUUAUUGUUAUAUAGACGCAUAUGAAUAGCUUCUGUGUAAAUGUUUAGGAAGAACCAACUCAUCCACAUUAAAAGUAAUGUGAUCUU